AUUAACGUAGUAAUUGUGUGUUAAGUUUGGACUUUCUCUGUGCUUGAGCACAAACCCCCCUUUUGGACAGAGAGAUUAACCAUUAAUAGGACGAACAGAGUCUCCUGGUAUGCGGUGGUUAAACUUUGGUGUUGCCUGCGGUUACUAUCCAUCUACUCUCGUACCCACUCCGUCUACCUGACCAACCGAUUCCCUAAAAUAUCCGAUUACCCGACUAUCCGACUACCGACCAUAUAUCCCAGCCAUCGAUACCCAAGCCAGAGCCAUAUUCCGUAACUCAAUCAUGUCUCAUAUCCGCCUUGGAAUGCUGCCACCGAUGCCACCGACCACCAGGAUACCAGGGCAAUAGCAAGAUGGAUGACUGGCGUCCGGGUGCCACCAACAUGCCAAUUAUGUCGCCAUCGCCGUAUCUCCUCAGCCGCUUCACCAGCAACGUACCACUGCCGACGCUCUACGCCGGCGAUUCUGCGCGCAAGCCGAAGCUCUCCGUGAUCGAGCUGCUGCUGUACAACAUGGCCUCGCUGCUGGCGGGCGUGGCGGCCGGAUACGAUGUCCGGAUGUCGAACGUGUCGCCGGUGCAUCCCACAUUGCUGAGCGAGGUGCCCGCCCUGAAAGCGGCACCGAAAGCGGCAAUUACCGGUGCGGAGGAGAUGGAUUCACUGCAGGAGCAGGUGCUGGAACUGGAGGUGGAUGUGGCACUGAAGCAGCAGGAGGGCGAGCAGCAGGAUCUAAGGGAAGGCACGCCCCGGAAGAUGGCCACACCAGCAAGAUUUGGUGGCAUUGAAGCUCCGAUCAGCAAAUCGCAGCCCACAUCGCUGGCCCGGCGGAUCGGAGGCAGUCAGCCGUACUACACACCCGUGCAGCGGACACCACAGCAUCAGUUGCACCAGUUGCAUCACCAGCAGCAGCAGCAGCAGCAGCACCACCUACACCACCACCACCAGCAACCACAGCCAGUUCCAUCGGCCGUGGUGACAACAGUAGCGCCAUCACAGCCACCAGCGGUGGUGAGUGCACUCUACGCCGGAACGCAGCCACCGACGCCAUCGCCACGCCGUAAGCUGAGCAACAGCAGCUUUGGCAACGCCAAUCCCCAACCGGAUGCCUUCGAGGAGUUCCGUGUGGGCGGCGGCAUCGGUCCACCGCCACUUUAUGCGCCAGCAGAUUACCUGAGAAACGGACCCAGUUACUCCAACGAUGGGGGAAACUAUCGAAAUGGUUACUUCGGUUCCAAUUACUUUCCAUACCGGCCGGAGUUGAACUACAGCUACGAGCGCGAUUGCAAAUCGUAUCCGGACUAUUCCUACGACUAUAACCAUCGGCUGCCGGACUACUACGACUAUCAGUAUGAGGCGCCAGUGGUGCCGCUGCCCGUGACCGUACCCUGUCCAGUUAGCCAGACCCGUACACCACCGCCCCGGGUGCCGCAGAUGGGCGUCAGUGCGGCCGGACAUCGACGCACGCCCUCCACCGUUUCGAAUAACUCCAAUGUGCUGCUCGAGCACGAAGAGCUGCUGUGCUACGACUACAACAAUCUCAAUUUGAAUGCGGACUACGAGAGGGAACGGGAACGGGAACGCGAGCGAGAGCGGGAGCGGGAGCGGGAGCUGGAGCAAGUGGCUCCACCCACAAAGCAGGAACUGUAUGCCGGCUCGCCCAAGCUGCUGAACCGCCUCAUCCACAGUCCCCUGCCGAUGACCAAGAGCAAAUAUGCCACGGCGGCAGUGACGCGACCGGCCAGUCUGCCCUUCGAGCAGCAUGUCCUCUCGCUGGGCUAUCAGCAAUCGGGUGUGGCUUCGGUGGUGGUGGCUUCGCUACCACCACCACUGGCGACCGGUCAGUCCAAGUUGCGCAGCUCGCUGAAGAAGUACAACAGUGGCAAUGGCGGCAAUGGGUCCACAUCGUCGCAGCAGGGCACACCCACAAAUCCCACGCCGCCGGACUCGUUGACCAGCGAUGAUAGCUCCUACUUGAGUGCCAAAGAGGGUUCCAUUGGCUCGCAGCACAGCAGGGUGCGUUUCAGUCCGGAGGCCUAUCUGGAUGCCAAUCCGCUGCCCGCCUUGGGACGCAGAAUGACAGCUCCGGCGAUGCAGCUGCCACAUCAACAGCAGCAGCAGCAUCAGCAGCAACAGCAGCAACAGCAUAGACGCCAGCGACAGGCGUCCAGUGGCAGCACUCCGUCGCCAUCGGCCUCAUCCUCCUAGCAAUCGCGCCUGGCGCUGACCCUGCAGUUGGCGCGGAGUCCGGGCGCGGACAUUGGGACCGGCGGAGGAGCAGCCGGCCUGGCGCUGCACCAGCAGCGGGUUCCCUAUCGCUGGUACUCGGGUGCACGGCGUUCUCGAUCGGCGCACUAUGAGUACCGCUUGUGAAAGAGCAGGACAGGCUCAUCUAGGCAAGCGAAACAGAGAGGGAUAGCCAGAGCAGCUGGAAGAUUCAGGAGGCGUUGUUUGCAUCGAUCUAUGAGCUGCUGAAUAAUCCAUCUACAAGCGAAGCAAUUGGCAAGUGAAGCAAUUGGGAAGUGAAGCAAUUGGGAAGUGAAGCAAUUGGGAAGUGAAGCAAAUAUGAAAAGCUGCAGUAAAACACAAUAUCAAUGGUCGAGAAAAGCGCAGAUAAAUCAAAUGGUUUUCAGGAAGAAUUAGAACAAACAUAUAUCAAACGGAGGAGCAUUACGAAUUACGAAGUAUCCUUGUGGCUAGAGAGAGAUACUAUAGGUAGUACUAUAUGCAGAAUUUCAAAUCAAAGCAGCGUACACUCACUGUCUGUACAUAAAAAAAAGUAGUUACCAAGUUGUUCACAUCCAAGUAAAUAUAUAUACAAUUCGAUGUUAAUGUUAGCAAGCAAAACCAAACCAAUCAGGAGAUCUACAAAGAUCUGGCCGAGGAUUCCGAGUGCUCCUGGUGACGCUGACCUACAUGGACACACUUGUGCAGCCCCCGACUUGUGCGAUUUGCCUUAAAAGUAGAGUGAAGACUUCACUAGUUUUGCCUGAUGCCGGAUUCCCAAAACCCAAAAUAUUUAUAACACACAACCAAACGAAUCCCAAAUCCCUCGUGUAAGAUUAGCAGAAUCCCCCUGAUAUGGCUUAUAUACUCCCAAUUUAUUGUAUUGAUUACUGAUUACUGACUACUGAUUCAGAUUAAGUGCAGCCAGCUAGCAAGCCAUCAACAACAAUAAUAAAUAGUAAUACUUUGUAAUUCCGAGGACACCACAUCCCGAUCAAGAUACACACGCCAGCCGUAAGCCGUAAGCUCCAUUUUUAAGUCUGACAAAAUGUUUAUAUAUUCAUAUACCUAGUUAUAGACACCUAGUUCUAGACCGAUAUAGACGCGUUAACCCACAAAACCACUAGCUCUGAAUUGAAUUGAAUACCAGUUUAACUCGAUCGAUUUACAAUUACUUAUAAUGGAUAUAUACGAGUAUAUACAUGCAUAUACAUACAUAUAUAUAUAUAUAUAUAGAUAUAUAUAUUGAACACAUAAAGAAGCAUAUUGCUGCUGUUUUUUCCAAAUA